UUCCAUUUCAACUCUCCUUGCAGUAACACGCUAUCGUUCGACUCCAACACUUCGACCCAACAUGGAUGCUUCUUCUGUCAACCGAAAAACGAGAAAGUCCACGAAGCCGCAGAAAGCUGAGGAAACUCCUCCGGUUUUCACCGUUGGAAAGCCUUUGCAACUAAAGCGGUCUGUAGCGAGCCAGCAUGGAGGAAAGGCAACCCGUUCCAGGGAUGUUCUUCAGUGGGAUACAACCAGCCGAAAGUCUGCAGCGUGGUCCGACAACUCCAGCUACUUCGACAGCGACGACAGCUGCGGCAGUGGCCGCCUUCGAAUCACCUGGGAUGCAGACAACAACGAAACCCAAUCAAACCACAGCGAAGGAGCAGAAUCAAGUGGUGCCAACUCGUCCAUCAACGGUGCCCAAGCGUUGAUGCAAUUGAAGUCCUCAUUGGAACCUCGUCCACUCAAACGAUGGAGUGCAGUGGUCACGUUGAAGAACACCAAGAUCCCGGUCGUUUACCACAAGAGCAUGGCGCGCCAGUUCCCUAGCAAGGAACGUACACCGGAGCAGAUGGAAAUGCGUCGUCGCAACACCGAGGCAGCGCGACUCAGCAGGGCCAAGAUGAAGAUGGCAGAGAUGAUGAUGGAAAAAGAGGCAUCGGAACUGAGCACCGCUAACGCGGCCAUCAAGCACAAGAUUGCAUCGCAGUUCGUCUAUGCCAACGAACUUCGGAAGAUGCUGGAAAUGUCGUCGGUGGAGUUGAGCUUUUUCAGGCGGGUCGGGCAUAGGAAUAAUGUAGAUGCUUAGUCUUAGUAUCGAGUUUUAUGUUAUGAAUAAAAUAAUUGGUAAAAAUUAAAAA